AUGAGGCAGCGAAGCCUAGAAAUCGGCGCUUUUGAUAGUUUUGAAGAGUUGAAAGCGAACAUAUCCUUGGCACCACAAUGCAUACCGCAAAGGGUAGUUGACUAUGAUCAGCAAUUGCCUAUAGCCACUGACGUGGCGACAAUACAGAAAUCAAAACGCCCUUUACCCUCAUUAGCUUUCAGACGAAAAUUAGAGGAGCUGGCCGAUUUAGAAUGGAAAUACCUCGACACAAAUUGGACAAAGAGAGCAUCCUUAGAAAAUGACCGUCUAGUGAUGAACUACGUUUGUGUUUAUCAGAGAGCUUCCAUCACCUUUAACAAAAGUAUAGGCAUUUUACCAGGCGUCACUGUUGUUUUAACGUUCGUAAAAUAUAUUCUAGGAUGUCAAGAGAAAACUAAACGAGCGAUUCAGCGCAUUCCAAACUACUACGCCUUGCUGAGCUACAUUUGUAAAUUUUCAAAGGAAGUUUCACAACAUGCUCACAAGAAUAAUGUGGAUACGCACAAUUUAGCUGUGGUAUUCACGCCGAGUAUGAUCAGGGCGGAAGAGGCUAGUCCAACUGAUACUUAUAUGGCUGUGCCAGGCAACAAUCAAGCAGCUUUAACACCCGCUGACGCCUAUUUAAAGAUAAUGAACAAAGGAAUAUCGCUAGUACAAGUGUUGAUCACCAAAAUGAACAAAUAUUCGAGCAGUAAAAAGAAAAACAAAGGGAAUCUUUGA